UUGUGGCGCUGUAUGACUAUGAAUCGCGCACCGCCUCUGACCUAAGUUUUCAGAAGGGCGAGAGACUUCAAAUUGUCAAUAACACGCCUGCCCUGUCUGUCACAGUGAAGUAAGGGAUGUCAGGGGAGACCGCGAGUGGCACCGCUGUUAUGCACCACCCUGGUCUAUACAUGCUGAGAUUGCUCAGCUUCUCAGUUCUUCUAUUUCUCAUGCCUAAAUAGUAAAACAAAACAGACUUUUUUCAGCUUUUCCACUCACUGGAUCAUAUGUUGCACUUUCAACUCCUUGUUGCACUCUUGUGGAGCAUUAGUAAUGCAGCUAGUCAUCGUCUUGGGGGUGGGGGGGAUUAUAUUGUGUUUAUGUAGCAAUAAUUACUAGUCAGUAGUCUACUUGUUAGCCGCUGUGGGUUUCAACUGUUCUCUGCACUGGGGUAGUGUGGUUUCUGAAGCUUCCCUAGUCCAUUCUCUCAUGCAUAAGGUGAGACAGACAGUAAAAUCUGUUGGACGACAUUGCUGUAGUGACUAUGCGUUUAGUCUUUAGUUUACCCUCUAGUGCAGUCUGUACAAAAUAUUUUAUUAAACUAAAAUUUGAACCAGUCAUCUGCAAGUUGUUUGGUAUUAGCCAGGGCUACUGGAGAUUGUUGUCUUCAGGGUGCUGGCAUUUUGGUUUUGGAGAGAUUUUUUAUCAGAUGGUAUCAUAGACAUGGUCUAUUGACUGUGUGUGUGUAUGUGUUUUAUCCUUAAGUGUUGAGUGUUAUAAAUGGAAGGACUUGAAAAAGUAUGUGAGCUAUGUAGACCUGUCAAGGACUCUUCCCAAAGUAUUUGGAUCUUGUUUUCCUUGCUAGCCUUUUGGAUCCAAAUAAAGGCAUUUAUAUAUAUAUAUGUGUGUGUGUGUGUGUGUGUGUGUGUUUACAGGGAAGGGGACUGGUGGCUGGCUCGGUCACUGACUACAGGAAAGAGCGGUUACAUCCCCAGUAACUAUGUGGCGCCCUCUGACUCCAUCCAAGCAGAAGAGUGGUUCUUCGGGAAGAUCACGCGCCGGGACUCAGAACGGCUGCUGCUCAGCGUGCAGAACCGACAAGGGACAUUCCUGGUCAGGGAGAGCGAAACCACCAAGGGGGCCUACUGCCUGUCUGUGAUGGACUACGACAACACCAAAGGCCUGAAUGUAAAACACUACAAGAUCAGGAAGCUGGACAGUGGCGGCUUCUACAUCACCUCGCGCACUCAGUUCACCAGCCUGCAACAGCUGGUGAUGCACUAUCGCAAGCACGCCGAUGGUCUAUGCCACAUCCUCACCGAUGUGUGUCCGACGCUGAAGCCCCAGACACAGAGCCUGGCACGGGACGCCUGGGAGAUCCCACGGCAGUCUCUUCGCCUCGACGUCAAACUCGGACAGGGCUGCUUUGGGGAAGUAUGGAUGGGCACAUGGAAUGGCACGACGCGGGUAGCCAUAAAGACGCUGAAGCCGGGGACCAUGUCGCCUGAGGCGUUCCUAGAGGAGGCGCAAGUCAUGAAGAAGCUGCGCCACGAGAAGCUGGUGAUGCUCUAUGCUGUGGUGUCUGAAGAGCCCAUCUACAUUGUCACCGAGUACAUGAGCCAAGGGAGCCUCUUAGACUUCCUCAAAGGUGAUGCAGGGAAGCUCUUGCGUUUGCCACAACUGGUGGACAUGGCUGCACAGAUUGCUGCUGGAAUGGCCUAUGUGGAGAGAAUGAACUAUGUGCACAGAGACCUCAGAGCUGCCAAUAUCCUGGUUGGUGACAGCCUGGUGUGUAAGGUAGCGGACUUUGGCCUUGCCCGUCUGAUUGAAGACAAUGAGUACACAGCCAGACAAGGUGCCAAGUUUCCCAUUAAGUGGACAGCACCAGAGGCAGCACUUUAUGGACGCUUUACCAUCAAGUCAGAUGUGUGGUCGUUUGGCAUACUUCUCACUGAACUAGCCACCAAAGGCAGAGUUCCAUAUCCAGGCAUGGUGAACCGGGAGGUUCUGGACCAAGUGGAGCGGGGCUACAGGAUGCCCUGUCCCCUCGACUGCCCGAGCUCCCUGCACGAGCUGAUGCUUAACUGCUGGCGACGGGAGCCAGAGGAGAGGCCCACUUUCGAGUACUUGCAAGGCUUCUUGGAGGACUACUUCACCUCCACUGAACCUCAGUAUCAACCAGGGGACAACCUUUAGGGUUUCCCGCAGGCUUGAGUGUGUGUGUGUGUGUGUGUGUGUGUGUGUGUGUGUGUGUUUGUACAUGUGCGUGCACACACAGGACGCAGGCGGGAGGCACUUCCAGUUAGGGAAAGCGCGUGUGUGUGUGUGUGUGUGUGUGUGUGUGUGUUUGUGUGUGAGAGAGAGAGAGAGAGAGAAAAUGAGUGGAUUUGGCAGAUAAACCUGAAGAAAAAAAAUCACGCCUGUAGUCUUGAUGGAUUGGGAAUCAGAGUUGGUUUAGGAGGAGAGGGAAUUGGCUUACAUAUCCCCCUCUAUCAUCCACAGUUGUGGUGGUAGAACUGUAAUCCACCUCAGACAGAGCACCUGGAUGUGCCAAAAGACUGAUGAUUACUGAUCUGGCCCCUCUCCCCUUGCCAGUAUCUACAGGGCCCUUUGCAUAAGCAGCCAGCAAUCUGACUCAAACUGAGAGUGAUGUUAUUUGUUUAUUUAUCUUUUUUUUUCUCCUGACAUUGGAAAUGGAAUGGACCUAAAGUGUGGGGCUUCUUUCUUAUUGACUUCGAUGUAGCCGCUGCUACUUCUUGUCUCUCUUUUCAUUUCUCUCUCUCUCCUUCGCCAAUGCCCGCCCGCUGUGCUGUGAGCUACUUGCUUUCAUGGCAAACAUGCAGGGCAGAUGGUCCUCUGAUGAGAAGUGUCACUACAGGUUCUGUGCCAUACCCAAAUAGUAGCUGGCUGUAGGCCAGAUUCGGCUCAUAAUCCAGGAACAGGUCCAGGGCCAGUACGUCUGCCUGUUCUCUGGGUACUGAUCUCCCACUUCUCACAUCCCAUCUACAGGGUGUGGCCUGUCCUCUUUUCAAAAUUUUUGUAGGAUGUAUUUUGUACUUUUCCGAAACUUGAAGCACCGACUUAGGGGUGUUUAGUGCUGCCAUGCAUUGUCGUUGUAUUGUGUUUCUGAUGCCUGAACCCUAAAUAGGAACAGAGAGAGACAUGCAAUUUAGUGUUCAGAAGGAAAAGUUGAUGGAUUCAUUUGAAGUGGUCUAUGGGGAAAGUAAAAAUAUUGUUGAUAUUGUAAAUGGGAUGGACAGAAUAUGUAAAAGUAUGUGUCAAACGGAUCAUGUGCCCCAAACAAGCAUUUAUGUUUUGUUUUGUCUUGUUUUAUUUCAUUUUGUUUGUUUUGGAAUUUCCCUAUGUUUGUUUUCAACUCCCCUCUCCUAGCAGUGGGACACUCAGCAGUUACCUCACGGUCACUGGGAGAAAAAUGGCCACACUGCCAAAGGUUGUUCACUGCCUUGCUCUUCGCCUUCACUGCCCACUCACCUGUCCAGAGUCUUACAUAAAACAAAACACAAGCCAGUCUUCUCUGAGAGUAGUGUUAUUUGAAGACUCAUAUUUUUUAGACGACAGUAUCAUUAAUUAGUGCCCUUGGCAACAAGUACAUAAGAACAAAAAACAGGCAUGACGAGUCAAAUAAACAAGAUGUUAAUAAUGAUUUGUUUCUUUUCUAAAGCCUGUGGGGUGUUCUCUACAUUACUCCUUGUUCAGUGUGGUGCCUCUUCUUUUUUCAUUUGUCUAUUGUAUGUUUUGCAUCUGCCUUUCUACAGCCUGUAUCAGCUGGUGUUAAAAUCUGAUUGGACAAAUUGACACUUUGUGCAUUACAUUUGUAAUGGCAGCUCUGCAUGGGACACAAGAUAGCAGCCUGGUAGAGCAGAGUCCUUUAUGGUCAAGUAAUGGAUCUCCACCUCCAAAAUUCAGACGUAAAUUGAAAUAAAACUACUGUCAAUAACUACUUCAUUCUAGUGUGUCAGUGAAAGCCAUUUGUAUUUUAUACUCCUGUCUGCAUAUAUAAUCUUGUGCUUACAUGUACCUUCAGAAUUUGUCUGCCCGUAUCAUAGAAAACAUUACAACCAUAUCUGAACCUGACCAGUGUCCAUAGACCUGUCUCACCAUGAACCCAAACUGGCCCUUGUUUGACUCUGCACUCUAUCUGCUGCUGGGUUCUGUACAGGAAACAGUACUGGUGCAGUCCAGUAUUUCAUGAUGUAAGAAGUGCAUUCUGGGAUGUUCUAGCGUGUGUUGUGAUUUUUACUGUAUUGUGCCUGAUGUUGUCAGGUUCUGUCCACUUCCAACCUGACAUAAUGGACAGCAUGAGCUGAUGUUCUUGAGACAAUAUCCUUUUGCUUUCCCUGACAAAAAUGUAGGUUUAAACCGUGUGUGAGAGAGAGAGAGAGUGCGUGAGAUGUUGGAUGAACCUUUCUGAUUUAAUUUUUACUGUUCUGCAUGUUUUGUUUUUUCACACCUUAUGAUUUUGUUUUUGUUGUUUUUUUUAUCAUGUGAAAUAUACAUUUGUUACGCUGUAUCUAGUGAAGACCAGUUUGUACUUCCCUGCUUUGGUAUCUUUGGACAGGAAGCAAAAUUAGGACAUGCGACUGCUUCUGCUGGCUUUGUGUCCUUUUGACAAAAUAUGGCACUAGUCUACUGUGAGUUCUGAAAGCCAAACGAGUGAUCUUUAACAUCUGUUCAUGGUACCAAAUCUAUUGCCUUCUUUAUGAAAUAACUUGUGCCUGCUAUUCCAUUAAAGGUACAGGGUUGAAGGAUAGAAAUACCCUUGGGCCCAUUUAUCUGUGAACGUUCACUUCUCAAUCCAUCUUGUAGAUGGUUGCCAUGCUCACCAGCUCAACAGUGUAAAGAGAUCUGGCCUUGUACAUUCUUGAGAAACAGAGUAGAAUGAUUUAGAUCAUAUCAUUGAUGCAGACAUGCUAAUAUAAAAAAUAAUUAAAUUUCACACUAAAAAUAGCCAGAUAAGAAAUAGUGCCAAAUGCGUAUCAUAUCAUAACUGACCCUUGAAUGGUCAACAAUAUUUUUUCAACAUGGUGCAUCUUGUGGCAAAGGAUCUACCAAAAUUAUUUCCCCCCUCCUUUUAACAAUUCUGCAGUAGCUGUCUCCAUAGAAAAGCUGAUUCCAGUCGCACACAGAUAUCUCGUUUGUGCCUUUUUCAGAUGACUUGACUCAAAAGAAUAUCUGGAUUUAAUACAUUGUAUUGUGUGUUGCAUGAAAAUUGACAGCAGGAAAAUUACUGAUUGGUUUGGUGAUUAAAGGGAUUUUCUGCAUGGAUAAAGUAAUGCUUUUAUACAAUCAGGAAGAUUAAAAUGCCUUCAAAUUAUAUGUAUGAACUGUGUAUGUCUGCCUCAAUGUGUAUAUAUUAGACAGGAGUGUGUAUGUACUGUAUUAUUUUUAUAUGUCUGUGUCUAACUUGUGUUACAUAUAAGCUGCUAUCAUUUAUUCUCUGGAGACAGCUUCUUAAAUCACAAAUUGGUUGUGAAGGACAUUCAAAAUCGAAAAAAAAAGAUGAAUUAGUGGCUAACAUAAGAUGCUAAAUGAGACAUCCUCCGUUUUAGCCUGAUGUUUGGAGCGUGUGGCUACUUUUUUUUAUGUAGUUUGAGGUUUAAUUGAAUUUUAGUAGCCUACAUUUCUGUGUUUUCACAUACAUUACUAUAGAAAAUGCAUUGAUGAUACAAUACCACAUUUGUUGUUGAACAACAGAAAUUGAGAAUCUGUCCAUUUCCUGUUGGCUAUACACUUCAACAAUUGGUUAAUUCUCUUGCAGUGUUGCAAUGGCAACGAUAGCAAUAAAAUAACAUGCCUGUAAGUGCAAAAAUAAGAUUCUUCCAUAGCUGUUCCAAAAAGCUUGCAGGAGAUAUGGAAGCCUGCUGAAAUGAGAUGUUGGUCUUCAAACACAUUUUGGCAUUCUUUUUCCUCUGUACAUAAAUGUAGUCACUUUUGAUCCUCUAUAACUUUUUUUCUGAAAAAAAAAAAAAAAAACCCUUGUAGAUUUUCUUACCAACAAUUAUAGCGGUGUGGAAUUAGUCUUUCUUCUCCUAAGAACCUGAUGAAAUUGUAAUUGUUGAUGCUUAAAACUGACCAGGAGGGAAGGACUUCCCACAUAGUUGAAACCAAGACAAUUUGUUUUUGUUUCAGCUGAGAAAACAUGUUUAUUAAAUUGGUCUUGUCAGUUCAGAAAAUUAACUGACCAAGUCUGUUUUUUUUUUUUUGUCCAUGUAGUGCUGCAGUAACAGCUUAGUUACAGGACCUGUAUUAUGUUUUAGAUUUUUGUUUAUUUGUUGUUUUGUACAGUUCAACAAUCCAACUUCAAUAUUUUUUUUCUAAACCUAUGCAGUUUCUGGUCUGCUGUUUCUGUUUUCUGUAGCCCUUCUGAGGGGACAAACAAAUCAGAGAAGAAUGACGAUUUUGUAACAAUCUUUUUGUGCACCCAGGUUGGUUUGAAUCAUUGUGGAGCUCUGUUAUCUGUAAAUGUGCAAUAAAUUAUAUUUCAAGAGUGUUCUCUUUAAUACAA